AUGGUGACAGUCGCCGCCUUCCUCGUCAUCUACAUCCUCGGUGGCCUCUCCUUGCCUCCACUGGCCGCCCUCGCUGUGCUAGGCUACAUCUACCUCACGUCGUCGAGUCCGCCCACGGAUCGCCUCCUCGAAACAGAACCCACCCUGCCCACCGAGGGAACGAACCACAAUGUCAAGAGGCUCACAGAGAACCUGCGCGAACUGCCCGAGCAGGGCGCCGCGUCCACCCGCGCGGCAGACGUCGCUGCUGGCUACUUCGCUGUAUGCAGAGAGUACGUCCCAGGCGGCAUCAAUGGGAAGCCCCCAGAGCGAACGACCCCCGCCGGCGAUAUCGUAGCGGCGGAGAGCCCCAGCGUGUACCAGAGCAUGUACAGGAGCAUAUUCGAGCGUGCAAAGGGCCAGGGAGCUACAGCAGAGACGGGGAGGAACAAUGCACGAGCUGUGCGGAAGCCUCGCAAUGUACACGGCCACUUGAUGCUCUUCGACGACUCGGAGCAGCUCGAGGUACGACACGUCAUUGCCCUCGCACAUUACAAUGUCGACAUUUACGGCGGCAAGGAGGUCAUACCGGAGGGCGAGCUGUGGGUCAAGCGGAAUUGCAUAAGGCUCACUCGGAAGCGGGAAGAGACGUUAUCACCAGACACGAAGCCGUUCUUCUUAUUCUCAGAUAACUGCUCGGAGAAGGAGGACUUCUAUUUCGCUCUACUGCAGAACCAGGAGCCUCAAGCCGGUGACACGGCAGUUCCACCAAUACCGCUGACCUUCGAUCCUGCCCAUAUCAUAAAGCUCAUCCAGCAACUACAUGCUUCAAGGGAGAACUUCCAGACUCGGUGGAUCAAUGCCUUGAUUGGCAGACUGUUCCUCGCACUCUACAGGACACCACAAGUAGAGGACUUCAUCCGCAUGAAGAUCACCAAGAAGAUUGCGCGCGUCUCAAAACCAGCGUUCCUAACGAGCGUGACGAUCCAGAAGAUUGACAUGGGAGACUGCGCGCCGCUCGUGACCAACCCAAAACUGAGGGAGCUGACGAUUGAUGGUGAUCUGACUAUUGAGACCGACGUCAGCUACAAAGGCAACUUCAGACUGGAGAUCGCCGCUGUGGCCCGCAUCGAGCUCGGUUCGCACUUCAAGGCCCGAGAGGUCAACCUCCUUCUCGCUGGCAUCCUCAAGAAGCUGGACGGCCACCUCCUGCUCCGAAUGAAGCCUCCACCCAGCAACCGGCUGUGGAUCUCCUUCGAGACGAUGCCUGAUAUGGAACUCUCCAUCGAACCGGUUGUGAGCUCACGUCAGAUUACCUACGGUGUCAUCCUCAGGGCGAUCGAGAGUAGAAUCCGUGAAGUGGUGAGCGAGACACUGGUGCUUCCCAACUGGGACGACGCUCCGUUCUUCGAAACGUUUGACCAGCAAGUUCGAGGUGGGAUCUGGAAAAAUGACCCUCCGCCGAAGGCAGCUGGGAGCGGCAAUGUUGCUGCGCCGGAGCAAGACCCGGUUGAACAAACCAUCAGCUCUGACGAUUCGGAUGUUUCCUUACUUACCUCCAGAUCCAACUCUCUGAGUGUGCCUGAUGUCGCUCUCCCCGAGAGCAUUUCGAAGCGUCGCGCAGCCCAGUCCACGCUGUCGUUGGAUGGAGCUGGGAGUACGACUGCAGCUGCUGCUUCGGGUGUGGAAGUACGGCCACGAGCCAAGAAGCCGAAAGCAAUACGAUCAGCAUCCUUCUCCGGCAGCACUUCACCAGUGGUUUCCGUGGAUCCUGCUACGGUUGAUGCAGUCAAAGACAGCACAGCCAGACGACAGCAAGACGCAGCAUCGAGAAUGAGAGGCAUAUCCCUACGAUCGCCGCCAACAUCGCCUGUCCAAACACACCAUGAACCUUUAACAGAGGCAGUAUCUGGUUCGGAUGAACCGCCGCCAUCCCCGACCCCAGGCGACCUCGAGAAAACUGCUCAAGGUCCACUGACUGGGAAUUCAUCCCCCGCACAAUCCACAAAGACAUCGGUCCCCAAGCGCAAGAGCGUCGCCUCCAGCAUCGCGAGUUCCGAGACCGUCUCCACGGCCACCACCUCAUCGACCACCGAGCCCAACCCCUCUCACUCCCCCGCCUCCCCCGCCUCAGCCGAAAAGCGCACCCCCAUCAGCCGCCCCCUCGCAGCCGCAAAAUCCUGGCUCCAAAACCGCGUCCCCUCCCCCGCUCCUUCCACCGCCUCCGCCUCCCUACCCAACCCCCCGCCCUCCUCGCGCGCCACCGCCGACGCCAACCCAGCAGACCAAGUCUCCGACCGAGCCCCCACGGCACCCACCCCAGCAACAUCCCGCGCCCCCUCUCAGCCCAUCGGCCGCGGCCGGCCGCUCCCGCCACCAGGGACGCCGCUCCCGCCGCCCCCGCGCGCGGGCAGGAGCGCGUGGACGAUAUCGCCGCUCGCGAACAUCGGGAUGGGCAUCGCGAAGCGGCGGCCUGUGCCGCCGCCGCCGCUGCCGAGGCGAGGGACGCCUGGCCAGGUCCAGGGCCAGGGGGAGGGGAGACGGGAGAGUGUCGACACCGCGGCUGGGAACGCGGGCGCGAGUGGGGUGCGUGCGAGAGAUGUGGCGGAGCGGAGGAUAUCGGCCGCGAGGGCGCAGAGUCUCGAGGGGAAGGAGGAGGUGCUGCUUGUGCCGGCUCCGGAGGCUGAGGUGCCGGAGGCGGCGGGUGGGGAUGACGGGGCGGUGGAGAGGGACAUGCCUGAGGGCAGGGCAGGGGAGGCAGAUGAUCAAGAGGACAGGGAUGAGCAUGGGGACAUGUCGACGGCGGAGCAGAUGCACGACGGAGAUGGGGAGGGGGAUGUCGCGGCUGGCGGUGCUGAGGCGAGGUAG